AUUAACUCGAAUACUUGUUGGGCGGGAAUUAAAGGUCUACGUCAUAAUGUCUAGGACUACUUAUAAAAUCUAUGUUGGAAACCUUCCUCCAGACACUAAGGCUCGUGAUAUUGAGAACCUCUUCUCAAAAUAUGGACCGAUUGCAGCUGUCGAUCUAAAGGCUGGACCGAGACGUGGUCCACCAUUUGCAUUUGUUGAAUUCGAGGAUGAACUAGAUGCAUCAGAUGCAGUUCGUGGACGGGAUGGAUACAACUUUGAUGGAUAUGCAUUGCGAGUAGAACUGCCACGCACAACAGGUUUCAACAACGGGGGUGGUCAAAACUACAACCAAUUUCGAAGAGGAGGCUUCAAUCGGGGUGGUGGCAGCGGACCUUCUCGACGGUCAGACUUCCGAGUGAUUGUGACAGGUUUGCCGCCUACUGGAAGCUGGCAGGAUCUGAAGGAUCACAUGCGUGAAGCUGGUGAUGUUGGCUAUGCAGAUGUGUUCCGCGACGGCACUGGUGUCGUUGAAUUUCUAAGAUACGAAGAUAUGAAAUAUGCUAUUAAACGUCUUGACGACUCUAAGUUCCGUUCUCAUGAGGGUGAAUCCUCAUAUAUCCGCGUUCGCGAAGAAAGAGCUGGUGGGUCGCGUUCUCGAUCACGUUCUUUUGAUUCACCGCGCAGGGGUCGUUCCUACGAUUCCUGUUCCAGGUCAAUAAGCCCACGACGCUGAAAACAAACAAAUGUGAAAGUUUGUACGUAAUUGAAAUUUAAUGUUACGGCUCUUCUACUCACAACUACACUAUCUCAAUACAGUUUUCUUGCUUUUAAAGGUUUUCUGGAUGAUGGACGGAGGAAAGGAUUGUCUAUGAGGAAGGGACUGAAGAUUAGUUGUGGGACCCAAAGCACUUCAAGGGAUAGAAACACUGAAGUGUACUGCCUCACAGCAGUGGAUUGGUGGAUACAUCACCCCGAGGACUAACAGGAGGAUGUCAUAAUUCUGUUAUUCUGGAUUGCAAAGGACUUAAGCGCCCGUGGAUUCCUAGUUGGCAGUGGCAUCAGAGGACACUUAAUUGAUCAUUAGGACCUAAGUGGUGGAGGAGGCUUGGAUUCAUCUAAGGAUGCAUUUUGGAUUUACUUGUGGAUGUUUGCAACCGGAUAGCUGCGAGUAGGUAUCAGUCCAGAUUGCGAGGAAUCCAUUCAUCCUGUAAGUUAUUUGUGUAUGUAUGUGCAUACAGUAAUGAAGAUAAGGUCAUUUCAAAUUUUACCAGUUUGAUGUACAGGGACAUCUUUCAUCCACUGAACGUAUUGGCUCCUCCAAUGACAUGCUGGCGGACGUAUUCAAGGACUUUUCGAAUGCCGGAUUUAAGUACUCUGCCAACAUAAGUAGCUACCUCAACGUUUCAGUGGCAAAAAACUGUUGGAGGUUCCUCAUUUAAGUAGUCAAGCAAAUAAUUGUCUGACGUAGAUUUUAAUUAUGGAAUUAGGAUUUCAUUUGCUGUCAAAUAAAUUCACUCUCGUGUUAAUUUAAACUGUUGGCUUUUUGAAGUUUGUUUCGGUAACUUAAGGUUAACGUAUAUUCAGUAUAUCACUCGUUCUUGAGCAACACCAAUAUGUGUUAGAUUUAUG